AUGGCAAGGGGCGUUUGUCGAUCGCUCACCAGCGGCAAGUCUCUGGCGUCGACCCUCGUCUUGCUGGUGCUGGUAGGAACGCUGGCUACAGGCACGCUUGCACAGGGCCCCAUACUCUUCGGACGUCCACAGGUGCGGGUGAUUCUGCAGAACGUGUGCCCGACAGACGUCCAAGUCUACCUGGGGGGCGAGAAUCUGUGGGAGCAGUAUAACAUCCGCCGGAUCGUCAAUGUUUUUGAUCCGGCGCUGGAGACUCUACUCACGGUUGAGGAGCCCCUUCCGAGCAACCCGUUCAUUCUGCCCGCUGGGGAGACGAUUCCGAGGCUCAUUCUGACUGACAACAACACCAAUCAGGUGGGCCCCUUCCAGUACGAGGGCACCAUUUACGUCGCCCCCACCGGUGCUCCCUUCCCGACCUUCGCCGAAGAUAAUCUGAGCCUGCUUGGCAGUUACGUCCUUCCCCCCGAUACCACCUACCGUGCAAGCGGGGGCGGCCGUUUCUUCAUCCAAUCGAUUGUCAACACGUGGGACCCAACUUCGAUUGCGGCUCCAGCGGAGCUCAUCAUCCGCAUCAGCUGUACUCCGCCCCCUCCGCCAGGUCCCCCUCCAGUCCCGCCGCCACAAACCGCCCGGGUUAACAUCACUAACAUGUGUUCGACGCCUGUGAGGAUCGUACUGAGCAGCAACCAAGCCAACAAUGACCUCUGGCAAGUUCUCAACACCACCACCAAUACGACCACUUCGGCUCCGUCCACGUUUGACAUUCCGGUCGGCGGAUCGCGGGAGAACCUGCUCCUGGUUAACAUCAACCCGGCCCUAGCGCUCCCAGUUCGCAGCGGCUUCAUCGGUGCGACCGCGGCCGUCGGCCCUGUUGCCCUGGUUAGUCCUACCGGGCUGGAUAACAUCGUCAUCCGCAGCGUCCGGAACAGUUUCACUACGCCCAACAUCUCCGUCUUUUCGGGCGGUCCGGGGAGCUUCAUCCUCAACCCGGUCGCGACCAGCAGCCCCGAAUUCACGGUGGCUCCCGUGGAGGUUGCGGUCGCGGUUUACUGCGUUGCGCAGCCCACGCUGCUACCGGUAGGGACGCUGCCUGCAGUUACCGCGGCACCAGUCCCUCCCCCAAGUCCGCCACCUGGCAACCUGACAGCCUGCAACAACAUCGGCCUCGGCCGGAGCGUCGAGUGCGCCGCCAAUUGCGCCUGCGGUGCUUACAUUGGGGGAAACAUCACUAUCACAACCCCGACCGUUUGCCAGGCCAACGUGCAGUGCGCCGCAUGCAACCGGGGCUGCAACCGGGACGCCGACUGCCCCCCGGGGUACAAUUGCGCGGGCGGCUGUGGCGCAGCUGCGCCCCCGGUGACUAUCACCGUGCAGAUCUUCACCGGACAGUGCCUGCCCAACUGUGGCACCAUGCCUAGUUCGACGGGCUGUUAG